CAAAAGUAAAAUUUGUAGGGACGUCGGAUCGACGCAAUAUUUUCGAUACCGACGAACAAAAAUUGCAAGUGCACGUUCAUGCGGUGGACUCGACGAGUGGUUCUGCUGGUGCUGCCGCCCUCCACGAAAAAAUAAAGAUCAUCUGUCACACGAUCGAAAUAUGUGGGCAUCCGAGCGUGAAAGUUGGCUGCAGCAGCUGCUCGAGAGUUGCAAUUUCAGUUCUCCGAGGGCGACCGCCUCCGCCGCUAGCACAAAGCUGCAUUUUCUUGGCGGCCAUUCGAAGACCAGUUUUGCGGACGCGAACGACAAAGCUCCGGAGGUCUCGGAAGACGCCAACAACAAUGCGAACGAUGUUGGCCCCCUGGUCCGAGACGAUCCGUCCGUGCGAUACUUAAAUUUCACCCAUGAUGCAGAAAAACCGUUUUCCGGGCGGUACCAUGCGACGAAAAAGCCGGUGGAUGCUGCCGUGGACCCAACGCGUGGAGCCAAAAUGAACGGUCCCCCUGGUGGUCCCGCCGAAAAUAGCAGUUCGAAAAAUGCAGCGCAAACCUGGGAAGGCCCGGAGGGGAAGGAUCGCAAGAUGCGGUGCACGGUCGAGCGACGCAAGAAGAAGGAGGUGCUGCGGCGGAUGCGGACGGAAGCCAGGCCAUCCACUUACCGGUGGCACUGCACGGAGCUGCAACCGCCGAACACCUCGGGGUCCCGGCCGGUCGAGACGGUGUUCGUCGGUAUCAAAAGGAAAAAUCCCCCCUCCCCAUAUCGAAAAGGAAACUUGUGAUGCUGGAUUUGCGUACACAAAUCAGAUCUGUAUUGCUGGAGAGGACUGUAGGCAUAUGCCAAGCCUGAAGCGGAAGGCGUUGACGUAGGCGACUAGCAUGACAAACGUCUAUGCUGUAAGCCUAGCAGCAUCACAAACCGCCUGCAUAAAGAGGCGGACUCUCUGGCUUUGCGUUCUUGCACGACAGACAGGAUUUGUGGCCACAAAUCUGCAUCAGAAAUUUUCGGAAGGAUGCGCUUUCAAUAUGGGGAGGGGGGAUCUUUCGUUACAAUAGUCGGACCGCCCUUCCGCCACGACCGCGAAGUCUACUUGCGAGUCCCUCUGGCCCGGGACACGACCUCCAGCGCGAAGAACAACGACCAAGCUUCCGGAGGAUUGCAGACCCGGAUCCGGGACGGGGGUGCUCUCGUCGUCGAGUCCAGCGUCUGCCGGGAUGCGGAGCGCCGCGCGGUGCAGCGCGGUUGUGUGGACGUGCAGCAAGAGGAACAAACCCCCGUAGGGCAAAUAAAUUCUGCUGCAGAGGGCCACGAGGUAAAUACCGUGGCCGAACCGUGCCUGAACUUGUCCAGUUGCCCGACCGCAAGCCUGCGUCCGGCAUUGCAGCAGGCCGCGGAGGAGAGCAAGGGGCGGUGCGUCGUGGACGAUUUGGAGGUGGAGGACGUCAGCGUGGAUCCACGCAUAUUGCGAGGAAAAAUCCCCCCUCCCCAUAUUGAAAGCGCAUCCUUCUGAGCAUUUGUGAUGCAGAUUUGGGACCACCAAUCGGGUCUGUCUUGCAAGCAGGCGCAUUCACGCUGUCCACCACGUUAUGCAGGCGAUUUGUAAUGCUGUAAGGCCUACAGGGUAGCCGUCUACCAUGCUAGGCGCCUACAAGACAAGGCCCCGGCCUAGGCUUAGGAUCUGCGUGCAGUUCUCUACUGCAACACAAAUCUGAUUUGUGUAUCCGGAUCCAGCAUCAGAAGUUUCGUUUUGAUCUGGUGAGGGGGUAUUUUUCCUUUCAAUAACACACGCUCGAAAUUCUCGACGGCCCGCGACUCAAGCCGGGAUUUCUCGACCCCGCUUUCGACCAGGGCAUCCUGCGCGAGCCGUGGGAAAGUGAGGACCUGGCGUUCGAAACGCCCGGGACGAAGCGGAAGUUUGUCGUGCGGCUCGGCCACAACCCCAACUACCUGCGGAAUUCCCAGUGGCUCCAGAACUUUUUGGAGGGGGAACGGAAAGCAAACGGGUCGCAGGCGUCCGCCGCGAAAGGGCUGGGCGGGCAAUACGCGUGUAGCCCCAAUACGGAGUACCAAGUGGAUACCGCAAACGCCGGCUUCUACCCGGACCUGCCGCCCACACCCUUCGCGCCGCGGGAGGUUUCCCGUCCGGUUCUGCGACACGACGUUUUGGUGGAGAGAGGGUGGUUGGAUCACAAGGACCCUUUUUUGGAGCAGGGGCGCGGUGGGGAAGGCGUUGUUUCUGCGUUCGACGCUGAGGUUCGCAUGAAGUCUGCUUUUCUGCAAGUCGCUGGUAGUGCUCCUGCGCGUGGAAAAAAUUUCAACGAAGUAGGUUUUGCCGACACUAAGGAUCAUGAAGCAGGAGCAGCGCCUUCUGGACCUGCGGUCCUCUCGCAGCAAGGAACCAAGAGCGCGAACAAAGUGACGAAUCUCGUCGGUGGCAGUAGAAAAAGACACCGCGGAGUGCUGCACCCCGCCCUGGCUUCGAAUUUUUACGCAAGAACUUCGUUCUACCUGGACUGCAGCACGCUCCCGGCCUCCGCGACCGUGAGCACCUCGAAAAAGACGCCCUUCGACGAAACACAGCAGGCGGAGGAGGAGGAAAAGCGGUUCCAGCACCUGGCGCCCACCGCGGCCGACGGUAUUUUGCAGCCGAUAAACACCGGCCGCGAGGUGCGCAAGACCGCGCGGGAGUCCUUCUUUGGGUGGAACGUGCAGGACGAAGACCAGGAAGACAAAAAGGACGCGUACGGGCUAAACCACCGGCCCUUUUGCGCCUGGUUCCGCGACUUCUUCCGGGAAAACAAGUCCUUCACGAAGAGCGAACGGAAAAACUUCACGCCGCAAACCUGCCAGGGAAACCGGCUAUUGCUCGUGCACGAGAACCCCGAUAUGUGGUACCGGUGCUGUCUGCGGUCCAGCAAGUCGGGUUUCUUCUCCGGCUUUUUCCGGGACAGCCGUCCUUACGAGUGGAGCCGGGCGGUGAACGAGGCCAACGAGUCCGCGGUCGGCGGUCCCGGGGGCGCGGAUUUGCGUCCGGUGCUUGAUUGCGAGCACGUGUCGGCUACGGUGCCAUUGUCCGCGUCGGAGUCGAUACGGGCCUCGAUGAAAAAGACGCCCGACAAAAGCAUGCUGGCAAACAUCAAGUCCUAUUUCGACAACGAGCAGGAAACCGCCGAGAAAGCCGCCGCGGCCCACGCCGCCGCGGUUGAAGACGCGAAGUCCGUGCAGGAGCGGUUGGCGUGCCUGGAAACGAGGUACCCGACCGAAGCCAAGCUGCGGGGGUGCGGGGACCCCUUGGCCGGGACGCAGGUGCCCUGCAACUUCGUGGACGGGCUGUGUGUGCAGGCUAGCAAAUUCGAGAGCUUCGUUCAGGAGGGGCCGAGCAAGAAGCAAGUGGAGCCCAAAGCGUGCGUUCGGCUCGGGGCGCCGGGGGAGAUGCGGCCGCUGUACCGUCGCGGAAAAGUGCAAAUGUCGCGGGCUUUCACCUACUGGUUUCCGAAGGCCGACCAGGCGAAAGCGCGCUGCGGCCCGGGGUCGCCGGGACUGCAAGCCUUCCGAGACGCGCAGACCGCACUUCCUGCUUCGGCAGACCAAAGUUCUUCACAGCGGCUCUUCCCCGGGGGACCGCUGGAGCCGGUGAACUUUGCGAAAAGACUAAAGCUCUACGAGAGGUGGCCGCCGGAAACUGUCACGCAGCCACAAGAGUACGCCGCCGGGGCCUAUGACGUUGUGUUUUUAUGAAUAGACGUUCUCUAUUGGAUUUCACGUCGGUAAUAUUCCGUUUCAGUACCGAAAAUCUGUAGGAUUGUGUGGAUUCCGUUUCAGAAGAAAAACCGAAGCUCGCAGCUGUAAGAUGGACCGGGUAGGGGUAUCUCUUUUGAU